AUGUCAAGCGGGCCUUUCAGAGUCAUCAUCGUUGGUGGUGGACCUAGCGGUAUCACAGCCGCGCAUGCGCUUCACCACGCGGGAAUUGACUUCGUCGUCCUCGAACGCAGGACAAACAUCGUCGAGGAUCUCGGCGCAAGUCUCGUCCUGGGUGCACCGAGCCUGCGUAUUUUCCAUCAAUUUGGCAUCCUUGAUAACCUCAUGGAAAUUGGCGGCAAGCUGUACGAAAACAAAGGAUUUACCGUCGACGGAUACGCAUUCAAGCAUGCAGAGACACUGGCCAUUUUCAAAGCGAACCACGGCGCAGAACCCGUCGCAUUUCACAGGGCUCACCUUAUCGGGGCCCUCUACGAUGGUCUACCGGAAGCUGCCAAAUCAAAAUACUUCACCGGCAAAAAGCUCGCCGGCAUCGUCUCCACGGAUACGGGAGUGACCGUCACGUGUGAAGAUGGUUCUUCCUACGACGGCUCCAUUGUCAUUGGUGCUGAUGGUGUACACUCGGCGACGCGCCGGCAAAUGCGCAAACUCGCCGUUGCUGAAGAUCCCUCCCGCGAGAAGACGUGGGACGCUGAGAAGCCCUUCAAGACACUGUACCAGUGUAUGUGGGCCUCGUUCCCGCGCCCAACAGAGACGGGCCAGAGCUAUGAGACGUCGGGGACCGACAACUCGGCCAUGUACAUUACUGGCAAGGAUAGGGGCUGGAUUUUCUUGUACGAGAAGCUCCCCGAGCCCACGACGGAACGCAUCUCGUUCACCGACGAACAACUGGAUGCGUUUGCUGGGAGAUUUGCAGACUGGCCCAUCACAGACACCCUGAAAGUUAAGGAUGUCUACAAGGAGCGCUUCAAUGCCGGCGGUGCAGGUCUGGAGGAGGGCCUCUGCGAGCACUGGAGCUGGAACGGAAGAGUGGUCCUUGUAGGCGACGCAGCGCACAAGUUCACGCCUAACGCUGGCCUGGGCUUCAACAAUGGCGUGCAGGACGUGGUGGCGCUCUGCAACAGGCUCCAGAAGUUCGUCUCUGGUUCUGCGAACGGAGCCAACAGCAAGACGCCCGACUUCUCGGCGCUGGAGGCCCAGUUCGAGGCGUACAGGCAGGAAAGGCGGGAACGCGUGGAGCAAGAUCUCGAGCAGUCUGCGCGUGUGACGAGGAUGCACGCGUGGGCUUCGACGUGGGACUGGAUUAUGUCGAGGUAUGUCAUGUCGUGGUCCUUUGUCCAGCAACUCUUCAUCACCUUCAUCGUGUCGCCGAACGCGCAGAAGUCUGGAGUAUUGGACUUCAUCUCGGCCACGGAACCAUUUGAGGGCACUUACAAAUGGCUGCAUCCAUUGAAAAGCAUCAAGAAUGGAGGUUCGGUGUAG